CCAGGAGUCGGGGCGCCUGGGCCGGCCGAAAGGAAAGCUGGCGCUGCGGUGGGGAACAUGUCGGAGUCCGAGCUCGGCAGGAAGUGGGACCGGUGCUUGGCGGAUGCGGUCGUGAAGAUAGGUACUGGUUUUGGACUAGGAGUUGUUUUCUCACUUACCUUCUUUAAAAGAAGAAUGUGGCCAUUAGCCUUUGGUUCUGGCAUGGGACUGGGAAUGGCCUGUUCCAACUGUCAGCAUGAUUUCCAGGCUCCAUAUCUUCUUCACGGAAAAUAUGUCAAAGAGCAGGAGCAGUGACUUACACCUGAGAACAUCCCAGUGGGAAGAAAAGAGAAAUUAUGUUUAUUCCUCAGGAAUACUGAAGUGCCCUGGAGUAAGCUGAUACUCUUCUGUAACAAUGUUAUCAGUAAUGCUUUAAACUCCAGCACACUGUUUAUGUAUUUGAAACCAAGUCUGUUUCUUGUUUUGUAUUUUCUCUCUGGCAGUUGUAAGGAGGUGGUCUUAAAAGAAAUAAAUUAAACAAAAAUAAGAGACCCA